GGACACGUAUAUUCUCUUAAGAGGAAAAAUGAAAAAUAAAUGUAAGGUACCUUAAUUACUACUAUAUGACAUAUCCAAUGGGACCUUAAGCCCUCCACUUCUUUUUCUCAGCUGCCACUUCUUUUUCCAUCUUUCACACUUCACACAUUAUAGUCUCUCUCUCUCUCUCUCUCUCUCUCUCUCUCUCUCUCUUUCUCUGUCUUUCUAUCUCUCUCACUCACUCAUUCUCUGUCAAUGUCUUGUUUAAUUUAGUGCUGAAAAUAAUCAACAAUCUUUUUGUUUGUCACAAAAUUUCGGUCCUCAUUGUAUUUGUAACUUAUAGAGUGGCCAGCACAAACUACUUACAAACAAACUACAAAUGGGAAGACACUCUUGUUGUUACAAACAAAAGCUUAGGAAAGGUCUAUGGUCACCUGAAGAAGAUGAAAAACUUUUGAAUCAUAUUACUAAAUAUGGUCAUGGAUGUUGGAGUUCAGUUCCUAAACAAGCAGGUCUUCAAAGAUGUGGUAAGAGUUGUAGGCUUAGGUGGAUUAAUUACUUAAGACCUGAUUUAAAAAGAGGUACAUUUUCACAAGAGGAAGAAAAUAUUAUCAUUGAACUUCAUUCAGUACUAGGAAAUAGAUGGUCUCAAAUUGCAGCACAAUUACCUGGAAGGACUGAUAAUGAAAUAAAGAAUCUAUGGAAUUCUUGUUUAAAGAAGAAACUAAGGCAAAAGGGUAUAGAUCCUGUAACUCAUAAACCACUUUCUGAGGUUGAAAAUGUUGAACAGGAAGAAGAAAAAACAAAAAGUCAAGAAAAAGUAACAGAAAUAUCAGAAUCAGAUGAAUUGAAUCUUCUUAGAUCAGAAAGUACUUCUAAGUCAGAUGCAUGUUCCUAUGAACAAAAACAAUCUUCAAUUGUUCUAAAAGCCUAUGCAAAUGAAAUGGAAGUGGAAGGUUCUUGUUCUAACUAUUUGAUGGGAAAUUACCCUAUUCAUAUGAGUUAUUCAUCCAAUGAUAAUCUUCCAAAUUCAAACUCUUCUCAUUGGUUUAACCAAACAGGCUCAAAAACUUUUGACAUGAAUUCUGAAUUUAGUUCUAACAUCAUGUCUAAUACUUUUUGCUACAAACCAUCUUUUGAUGUUCCUUCAGAAGAUGUUUCUAUUUCUUCAGCUUCUUUCCCUAUGAAGAACAGUAUCUUAUCUUCUUGGGGAUUGAGAGAUUGUGACAGUUCUAGUAAAGAGAAUCAAAGUCAUAUUCAUAUGAUGGAGAAUCAGACAGAAGAAGAAGAAGAAGCUAAGUGGAAUGAGUAUCUUCAAAAUCCAAUGUUAAUGCUACAAAAUCAAGUACCUGAGUCUUUAUGCAAUGAGAUAAAGCCUGCCACAAAUUUGUCUUCUGAUGCUUUAGGUGACAUGUUGCCACAUUCAAAGCAGCAAGAAUCUUCUCAAUCUUAUAAUAUAGCAACUUUUGGACAUGUAUAGCAGGCUUUAACAUAAAGAAAUUAAGAUCUGCAUUUUUUUUUUACUAUUCGAUCUUUUGAUAGAACGACGGCUAAUGUCCUGAAUGUGUGAUCUUGUGACUACAGGGAAUCCGAAUUCUUUUAAACGGACUCCAAGGGAUUUCAAAUUUGUGUGUGUUUGUGUGACCACAAUAUUUUGCUUUUGCAUAUAGGUUUUUAACUAAACAUUUAUUUCACCCUCUUCA